AUGUCUACAAUUACCCGAACACUGCGCAAUCUUCGCAAGAUUGGCAUAAAAGAAUACGCCCACCAAUUGCAAAACAUUGGAGACACGAAAGCCGGAACGCUCAUUGCAACUGAUCGAUAUGGCAACAAGUAUUACGAGAACCUAGAAGAUGAGUUACCGUGUAUGAAGCACCGAAGUGGAGGCCUUGAGGCAUUCAAUUCACCUGGGUCGCAGAUCUCAGCUAAUCCGCUUGCUACAGUGCGGACUCGAUGGAUCCACUACAAGCAGAGCGAAUACGAUCCUUCACAAAUUGAACCAGGUUGGCACGCUUGGAUGAGCUAUCAGCUUGAUAAGCCUCCAACGGAAGAUCCAUUAUUGAGAUUGGGGCAGAGGACAUGGGAGAUUUCUGAGCAUAGGCCGAAUCUGACUGCGAGCCGAGCGGCCUUCAAGACAUAUUCAACGUGA